GUUUAUUAUAGUUUGUUCAUCGUAGACAGUCAUUGUUUGAUAAUGUUCAAACAAACUGUGCUAAUUUCUGUUAGCACACUAUUGUUGAGAGUAUCAAGUAGUUUUGCCGAACAUAGUCACUCCGCAUCAGAACAAUGGACAUUUAAUGAAAAUAAUUCUUUGGAUCCGGUGAAUUUAAACAAUAUUUUAGAUGGCGGUAAUUGUAAUACCGAACAGUGCUUUGCAAAUACGGGAGUAUUAAAUCCUAUUAAUCUACCGUUGUUACCUAUAAUUUUUGCUCAGUCCGAGGAUUUGCCAGAUGGAAAAUGUAAAGCAGACGCACAACGAUUUUUAAAGGAAUUGCAAAAUGGUACUCUGUGGGCUGUGCAAAUGUUUGAUUCUUCAUCGAAAUAUCCUGAUGGCGUAUUAUACGGUAAUACAAGACAUUUGGGUAAUUUUGAUGAAUGUUAUAAUUUGCAAAGUGAUAUGGGAGAAGUCGAAAAUAAAAUGGCUGGUAGAUAUUGUUUAGUCGAUCUUGAGUAUAAAAGGAAAGAUGCGAUUUCUUAUAGACCAACUAUGGAUUACGAUCCAAAUAAAUCUUUUUGGGAAGCAAUAGAGGAACGAGGAAAUAUUCACCGCAUUCGUCGCUAUUUAUUGAAACUAGCUUUAUGCGUACCAUCAACAUGUAGCGCAAAAGAUGUAGAAACGGCUUUAAAAAGGCCUCUAGAAAAGAUCGGUGCAAAUAACAAUAUUAAUAUAGAACCUGUCAUUCAUGUAGAUUUUUGCCAAACAAUUGAGGAAGCGCCUAAAUUUACUCUCGCUGCAAAAAUAUAUUGGUGAGUAAUAUUAAUAUCA